UGAAUCCAUGAAACCCAAAUCCAAAUAGCACUAGUCCAAGUCCAAGAAAGUCACCUUUUCCUAUGAACCUGACAUAGUGACUCCGAGGUGAGACCGUGUGGGGCAAGGAGAUCGAAACUGGAAGUUGAGGAAGAAGGAUGAGCGGAAAGCUACUUUCACCACCGAGCCAUUGGCACCCGACAAACAGAUUCACCACCACAACCACCGUUAACCCAACCCCAUUUCUUCGAUUCUGCACCACAAGGCACCACCACCGCCACCGCCACCGCCACAAGCUCCCAAUCCUCUGUUUCUCCGCGAACCCAUCAAAGUCCCCGCAACCACCGCUUGUUGUGGUGGGCUCCGCCAACGCCGACAUCUACGUGGAGAUCGAGCGUGUUCCCAAAGAGGGCGAGACGCUAUCCGCCAAGUCCGGCGAGACCCUCGCCGGCGGCAAGGGCGCCAACCAGGCCGCGUGCGGCGCCAAGCUUUCGUACCCGACCUACUUCGUCGGCCAGGUUGGGGACGACGCUCACGGGAGCCUCAUCGCCGGCGCGCUCCAAGAUUGCGGGGUCCGCCUCGAUCAUCUCACUGUGGUUCCUUCCGUGCCGACGGGAAACGCCGUUGUUAUGCUCCAGCCUGGUGGCCAGAACUCCAUCAUCAUUGUUGGCGGCGCCAACAUGAGCGGUUGGCCCAAUGUCUUGCCGCGCCAGCAUUUCGAGGUUGUGGCUUCUGCUGGGAUCGUUCUGUUGCAGAGGGAGAUCCCAGAUCAUGUCAAUGUUGAAGUGGCUAAGGCUGCAAGGAAUGCUGGUGUACCAGUACUAUUCGAUUCCGGGGGCAUGGAUGCACCAAUGCCACCAGAAUUGCUGAGUUAUAUUGAUAUUAUAAGUCCUAAUGAAACUGAACUUGGUCGCCUUACAGAAAUGCCAACUGAAAAGUUUGAAGAUAUUACUCUGGCUGCUGCAAAAUGCCAUAAAUUGGGAGUUAAGCAAGUCCUCGUAAAACUUGGGGAGAAAGGAUCUGCCCUUUUCAUAGAAGGAGAAGAACCAAUUCAGCAACCUGCCAUAUUUGCUGAAACAGUCAUUGAUACAACUGGAGCUGGUGAUACUUUUACUGCUGCUUUUGCUGUGGCAAUAGUUGAGGGCAAGUCCAAAAAGGAAUGCUUAAGAUUUGCCGCUGCUGCAGCUUCUCUUUGUGUUCAAGUGAAGGGAGCCAUGCCUAGCAUGCCUGAUAGGAAAUCUGUUCUGGAUCUUCUUAGUUGUCAUUGAUGAUACUUGCAAAAGGACAACAUAGGAGUACCAGGAACAGAAUAAAUGUGCAUUGGAGGGAAGGACCCUUGAAACUUGAAGGUGACAAGGGCAGCAAAGCUUUUCUGUAGCGGCAUUUCUAAAAGAUGGGCAUUUCACAUAGCUGUUUGUUCGUGGUUCUAAACUUCUAACAAAUAAGCUUUAGACAGCGUUUGUAUGCAUGGUGACGAGAAUAUGAGGAAGAAAAAAAAAUAGAGAACUGAAAGUGAUUUUUCUUUUCUUUUAUUAUUACAGCGUUUUAUGAUGAACAUUCUUUCUUAUUUAUUUGACUAGAAAAAAGUUGGUGGAAAGAAAACUCAUUUAUGUUGAUGACAUAUUGACAUGUAAUGGUUUUUUUUUUUUUGAAAGAGACAUGUAAUGGUGGUUUGGCAGGGGUAGAUGACAUUUUUCAAUUUAUUUUCUUUUCUAGAGAGAACAAAAUAAGACUUAAGUAAAUGAGAAAAAGUUGAUACACCAACUGUCAGUGUAAUUUUUUUACUCUGAUGUUCAAUUA